CCACAGCCGCUGACAUGCCCCAUAUGAACUUUGGCUUCAGAGCAAGAGCUAAGGAGCGAAGCUUUGCCUGCAAGGUGUGUGGAAAGGUGUUCAAGCGCUCAUCCACUCUAUCCACUCACCUCCUGAUCCACUCAGACACGCGGCCUUACCCGUGCCAGUACUGUGGCAAACGGUUCCACCAGAAGUCAGAUAUGAAGAAACACACCUUCAUACACACAGGUGAGAAACCACACGUGUGCAAGGUGUGCGGUAAAGGAUUCAGCCAGAGUUCCAACCUCAUCACCCACAGUCGAAAGCAUAGCAGUUACCGGCCGUUCAGCUGUCCUCGCUGUCAGCACAGCUUCCAGCACAGGGUUGACCUGCAGCGCCACCAAGAGACUCAGUGCGUCUACAGAAACAUGUAUGUUAAAAACUGA